AUGAGGUGCCUAUACACCUGGUGGGGUGUAUCGGCAGCUCUUGCUGCUGUCUGUCUCCUUUCUCUGUCUCCUUCUCUUUCUGUUGCUCUUCGUGUUGUUUCUCUCUCUCCUGCUGCUGGCUCCAUACAAGCGGGAGGAGACAGCAGCAGCAGCAGCAGCACAAGGAAGAGGAGCAGACGCAGCAGCAGCAGCAGCAGCAGCAGCAGCAGCAGCAACAGCAGCAGCAGCAACGAUGAUGAGACAUCAGGCCCACCGAAGAAGAAAAAAAAAAGGAAGAGAAUAAGAGGUAAGUUAAAGAAAGCAGCAGCAAAAGCAACAGCAGCAGCAGCAGCAGCAGCAGCAAAGACAGCAGCAAAAAAAAAAAAUAUAAAACCGGGGGGGAUAAACCCUGACGAUGAAACAGCAGAAGCGAUGCUAGGAGAGGUGCAGGAGGCUGUCUUUUAUUUACCUAAACAAACAAAACAAACUGCAGCAACACAGCAGCACACAGACACACACACCAGCACCAGCAGCAGCAGCAGCAGCAGCAGCAGCAGCAGCAGCAGCAGCAGCAGCAGCAGCAGCAGCAGCAGUAGUAGUAGUAGUAGUGGUAGCAGCAUAAGCGACAGCAGCGACAGCAGCGACACUGAGAGCAGCAGCAGUAGCAGCAGCACGAAACGCAGAAGAAGCAGCAGGAAACGCAGAAGAAGCAGCAGCAAAAAACGCAGCAGCAGCAGCAGCAGCAGCAGCAGCAGCAGCAACAGCAGCAGCAGCAGCAAGAAGCGGAGCUUGAAGCAGAAAGUAAAGGCGCUGCUGCUGCCCCCCGGUGUCUCCGUCGGCAUUGAUCCUUCCUUCCCUCCUCCUCCUGCUGAGGUGCUAGCAGCAGAAGGAGACAACAAGCAGCAACCACCACCAGCAGCAGCAGCAGCAGCAGGAGACAGUGAUGAUGAUAUGGAUGAGGAGAAGCAGCAGCAGCAGCAGCAGCAAUGUGAGCGGCAGGAGGAGCAGCAGCAGCAGCAGCAGCGGGGCGACGAGAAGGAGCAGCAGCAGCAGCAGCAGGAGCGAGAGGAGGAGGAGAAGCAGCAGCAGCAGCAGCAGCAGCAGCAGCAACAGGAGCGGGAGGAGGAGGAGCAGCAGCAAGAGCAGUAA